AUGGCGACCCGCGAAAACUUAAAAAAAACAAACGUAAGUGUUUUGCGUAGCAUAGCAGCUGAUCUGGGGAUAAAUUCAAAGAGAAAGAAGGAUGAUCUUAUAUGUGACAUACUAUCUAGUCAAACACCAGCAGCUUUAAUAACUCCAGUUGUGCAAUUGUCAUCUUGCAUUAAUCCAACUGACGUGCAGUUUAAGGAAAACUUGCCCCCUUUCAAUGCAGUCCAUUAUCAGUCAAUAUCGGAGGAUCUUAAACCUCCGAGUAUAUCAUUCUCUAUGGUAUAUGAAUUCAUGAUAACAAGGCGAAGGCAGGAAGGUGAUCAAUGCAUCCAAAACUUCAAGGGUUUAGACAAGUCCGUGAAGCAUUUUGAUGCCGGGGAUGUCCAGAAUAUGUGUAUUGCACGAAUUGAUGAAUCUACAGUGUACAUUAAAGCAUUUUGCUUAGCAUCAAUGAAAAAACAGCGUUACCAGGUUUUUUUGUGCAUAAGUAAUUCUGAUGGAACGAACAGGGUGGACUUUGCUUACUGUCAAUGCCCCAUAGGGUUAGCUCAAGCAUGCAGUCAUAUUGGGGGGCUGCUCUUCACCAUAUGCAAUAUGCAAUCCACUACAAAAGCACCUUUGCAAGGAGAACAGAGUUGUACAUCAACACUCUGCCAAUGGAAAGUGCCACGAACAAUGAACCAGAAACCAAAGCCUAUAAGCAACCUUAACCUUUCAAGGCCCAAGGCAAUGGCAAGCAGUGAUACUGAUGAUGAUGUAACCAGGUUAUCAUCACCAUCACAUGGUUCAGCAAUGGCCAGGUUCGACCCUCGUCAUUCUGAGGACAAACAUCAUAGCCUUGCUUGGUCUCUGGAUCAACUUGGGGAACUAAGAGCUUGUUUCCCUCAUACAGGUAUGGCUCAUCUCUGGAAUAUUCCAGACUCCAAUGUACCUAGUUCUGUGGAAGUUGAAGUGGAAGUUGAGACAUCUGUGCACCCAUUGUACCUGAAAAUGGAAAAGAUGCUGUUAUCAGAUGAGAACUUACCACCACCUAUGAUAGAUGAAGAGCUAGUGAACUUUAUAGAGGAGAAGACAAGAGGACAGAGACUUUGUGAGAUGUGGAGAGCUCUCCACCUUGGGAGAAUUACAAGUUCUAUGUUUGGUGAUGUGCUACUAGCAAGAGAAACCCCAGCAAAAUCUCUCGUCAAUCAGAUCAUACAUGGAUCAAAUCUUGACAGAUAUACAGCACUACCACCACCAGUCCAGUGGUGGAUAGAUCAUGAAGCAGAGGCCAGAAAAGAUUACCUUACCAUUAAAAGGGCCAUAAAUGAAAAUACAGAUGUACAUCCUACAGGGAUCACCUUGUAUUCAACACACUCAUUCCUUGGAGCCUCAAGCGAUGGGAAGGUAAUUGAAAAUGGAGACAUGGGAUUACUGGAAAUAAAGUGUCCCUUUUCGAUUAAGGGUUACAAUAUUACCCAGUGCGAAAUAUCAGAAAUCUUGGAACUGAAUGAUCGACACUUUUGUCUUGAGAUGUCAUCUUCAGGGCCAACUUUGAGAAAAUCUCACAAAUUUUAUGCACAAGUGCAGGGAGAAAUGGCAAUCAAGAGUGUACCUUGGGUGGAUUUUGUUGUGUGGACUGCGGCUAAAGCAAACAACAUUUUUAUAGAAAGAAUUCUUUUUGAUGAGCAAUUUGUUACAUCUAUGAUGCCAAAAUUAGUUAAAUUUUACAUGGAGCAAAUUUAUCCAUUAUUAUACAAGUGUUGAAAUUUCUCUA